AAGCAAUAAAUUGAAUUUCAUUCACAUCUAACACUUUCAGUUACCGUCUGAUCAUCGAGACAUUAGGUACGAUGCGCAACGCGAAAUUGGACAUAAAUUGGUGAUCUUUGGUGAUCGCAUGAAGAUCACGCGAAGUGUUAAGUGAGAGAGACUUGUGUGCAAUUUACAAAAAGAUAAGACUUUUCCCGAAGCUUUUCUGCUGAGCUUCUCUCAACGAAAAACCCGAAGAUUCUCCCAGUUAUAAAUUGCGAGUGUUUCAGUGAAGAUGCAUUUUGUGAAGCUUCUCCUGAUCUUUUGCACUGUUGCUGUUACCCAGUGCCAAGAUGGCCUCAACGGGGAUCCACCGCCACGUCCUGGACAAGCUAGUCUCGUCAUCGUGUUCGACACAACAUCCUCCAUGGGGGAUGAUCUUGAGGAAUUACGUGCUGGGGCUGCAUUUAUAAUUCGCAAAAUGAUGAAUAAAGUCAACAAUCCCAUUUAUAAUUAUAUUUUUGUACCAUUCAAUGAUCCAUACGUUGGUCCAGAAUUGGAAACAACAAAUCCUCAGGAACUCCUGACUGAGCUCGAUCGCGUUACGGUUUACGGAGGAGGAGAUUGUCCUGAAAUGUGCAUCACUGGAAUUAAAUUUGCCCUGGAAAAGUGCCUGCCUAAUUCAUUUGUCUACGUCUUUACGGAUGCUGAUGCAAAGGAUGCUUACCUCAUGCCUGAUGCUAUGUCCUUGCUUCAGGAGAAAAGGACAUCGAUUACGUUUAUUGUUGCUGAUGAUGCAUGCGAACCAAUCCCACCUACGUUCAACACCUACUACACUCUUGCAGACGCUAGCAAUGGUCAGGUGUACCGAAUAAAAUCCCGAGAUACAAACACCAUUUUGGAAAGCGUAGGAGAUACUCUGGAUGAGGGUCUUCAAAUUCUCAAGCUUAUAAAUUCCGAUAAACCCGGAAGUCACGAUAUACCCUUGGAUGUGGAUAAGAACUUGAAGGAUUUCAGUGUUAGUGUUUCAGGAUCAGAUCCCAAUAUCACCGUUAAUAGUCCUGAUAAUCAACCCUCGAAAAAGGCAAAGGAGCUCGUAAAUCUUCCCAAUGUUAUGACGGUCAAAAUUAUGGAUCCUGAACCAGGAGUAUGGACAAUUGGUGCAUCAUCAAGUUCUCCGCAUUCAGUUAAAAUUGCUGGAAUAAGUGAUAUCACCUUCCGCUUUGGAUUCACCCUGCAUACACCUCUAACUAUUGAUGAAGCCCUGCCCAGACCUAUUCGAGGGAAUGACAAUAUCUUCUGUAUUCUCCCCUCAGACCCAUUUGCCAUACGAACACUGAGUACAGUUCGCUUCUUCAGGGAAGGACCGGUGAAUCCUUUUGAAUUCAUCCUCCCGCUGGCGCCGAUUAAGAAUACUUACUUGUUCAGCUGCAGAGCUUUUAAACCCCCAACGGGUGUCUUCAAGAUUGAGGUAAAAGGAGAAGAUAACAAAGGCAAUAGAUUCUCAAGGAUUCUCCCAACAGGAUUGGAUACAACUGAUGUCGCAAAACCUCAGUACUUAGGGAAGAGUUUGGAGCAGAAUAUAGACCUAGCGCCCGAUACUAGCGUUGAGCUAGAUUGCAAAAUGGUGGGAAAUCCUCAACCAGCCAUUCGAUGGUUCAAAGAUGGCGCAGAGAUUCCAGGAGUCACAGAUGAGGUCUUGAGAAUUGAGUAUGAGAGUGACAAACUCAUAACGUACACCUGCGAAAGAUCCAAUAGUGAAGGAAGCCAAAAUGUUGUAUUCAAAGUUAACAAUAAGGAACCUCCGGAGGUUAUUGACUGGCUAAUGAGGGUUGCAAAUGAUUCAACUGUUCAUGUCCUAGCAGGUGAUCCUGUAUCCCUCAACUGUCCUGCUAAAGGAGUACCAGAUCCAACGCAAAUGUGGCAAAAAGACGGCGCAGACAUUCCAUUGGAAGGAAGUCAAAUUGAAUUGCAAGAAGAUGGUAAAUUCCUCACAAUCCCUUCUGCUAAUGAAUCCGAUGCAGGAGUUUAUGAGUGCGUCGUUGAGAAUCCUUCAGGGAAACUCACACUUCGGUACAAAGUUGAAAUUGAUGAACCUGUUAAGUUUUCCAAUGAAAGUGAAGCUGAGAAUUUUGAUCCUGAACUUGAGAGCUAUAUUGAGAAGAUCGCAGCAAAUCCCGGAGAAACGGUGACUCUACAGUGUCCAAUGGUUGGUAAACCUCAACCUAAUAUAACGUGGUACCGUGAAGAUCCGAUGGAGUUUGAAAGGGUUCCCAUUGAAGGUGCAACAGAAAAUCAACUUACUAUUGAGGUGACUGAAGAUUCCGUUGGGUAUGUUUGUGUUGGCAGCAAUCCUCAUGGAAACUUAGAGAAGCAAUUCCAAAUAACUCCUCCAACCCUUCCGAAACUUAACGAUCCAACUGAGAAAAAGAUUCGGGUUAAGCCUGAUGAAGACUUCUCCUUAGAUUGCUCAAUUGAAGCUCCUAAUGCUGAAACAACUGUAAAAUGGUUAAAGAACGAACAGCCACUAACACCUGAUGGAUCCAAGGUGAUUGUAUCAGAAGAUGGCUACACGCUAAAUGUUACAAAAGCCGAUAUUAAUUCUGAUCCGGGAGAGUACAGGUGUGUCGUUGAAAAUCCCUCUGGGAACAUUUCCAAGAGUUUCUCAGUUGAAAAGGUAGUUCCAUCGAAAUGGUCAACAUGGACUGAGUGGACAACCUGCAAUUGCCGUGCUCGUGUGCAGUUCCGCAAUAGGUUCUGUCAGUACAACAACGGCUCACUCGUAGCACCUAGCGAUAGGAGUCAGUGCCCCGGAGAGGCAGUUCAAAUGCGCCCCUGUGAUAAUGAUUGCGACAGCGAAUGGACUCCCUUCGGAGAAUGGUCUCCGUGCUCUGUAACCUGUGGUGAUGGCGUAAGGAUUCGAACAAGACGUUGUCGGGAUCCUACUGUAAAGCCCUGCACAGGGGAGGAGACGGAACGUGAACCGUGCAACAUAAUGCCAUGUCCUGAAAAUCAACUAGCCUGUGAGACAGGAAUGAUGAUGAACAAUGCAACGGGGGAAUGCGAGGAUAUUGAUGAAUGUUCCGGGAUGUACUUCAAUGAUUGCACAAUAAGGCAGAUCUGCGUUAAUACGAUAGGAUCGUAUGAAUGCCUCUGUCCAGCUGGCUUUGCAACGCAUCGCUUCAAAAAGAAGUGCCUCGAUAUCAACGAAUGCACACGCGGAACUCACAAAUGUUCCCAUGAAUGUGUCAAUACGCGGGGUUCCUACGAGUGCAAAUGCCCCAAAGGAAUGACUCUGGACAGCGACAAGAGAACCUGUCGUGAAUCAUAAAUUUAUGCUCUAUUUGUAAAAUUAAUUAUGUAAUUUUGUGUCACAAUCUGUGAUUUGAAAUAAAUGAUAAAUACUAAAAA